AUGUAUAAAAAAAUUACCUUGAUUCUUUGGUUAUUGGCGACCGUAAUUCCUUUUGUAACCCUCGCUCAGAAUACUUGCGAAGAAACCUUUCAAGCGACCGAGUGUAGCGUUUGCCAAAAAACGAUACAUGAUGAUGGCGCCUUAUCUUAUUUCACUGGUGUCACCCCUUCAACUCAAUGUCCAACAAAUAUUCAUUUUGGCAACGUUAUCUUUGAAGAGUACAGUAAAGCUGGUUAUGAAGUGUCCGCGUUUAACCUUUCCACCUUCGAUCUCGAACCUUUUAAGUCGGCAGUGGAUAAGUAUUGCGCACUAGAGUAUACAUGUGAUCCAUCAGAAGUUGAACAAACCUUGGAAAAGCUCAAGACGGAUUGUGCCACUGAAUUGUCGGCUCCUUUGGAUUUAAGCGCUGAUCCCAAAACGCUUGAUGUCAAUUCGUUGAUGGCUUACGGCACAUUUCUCGCUUAUUAUGGUGGUAUUCCAGCUCACGAAGCCGUUUGUCUCAAGAACGAUGAAGGAGAAUCUUGUUUAAUCGAAAUUUUCACUAAUGUGGUUGAAUUCGCCAAGAAAGAAACUAAUGGGGAUAUAAACGCUGCCAUAUCUCUUGACGGAAAGACCUUAUACCUACCCGAUGGAUCCACCAAAGAAAUUCCAAAGGAUUUGAAUUGCGGUGAAUGUUGGACUAAAAUUGCAAACAUUUACUUGACCUAUAUCGAAGCUCAUCCAAUGGAUGAGCAACUUGAAACCAAUAUUUUCGGCGGUCCUGGUCAAAUGAAAGAAGAACUUUCAGCUGCAUGCGAGGAUAGCACCGAGGAUGAGGGAGUUGAUGUUGUUGAAAUGAAAAUUGAGAAGAGAGGUUCUGGAGGUUCAACCAGGAAAAAUGGUCGUAUGCUCCAACGCUCACUCUUGAGCGCAAUUUGGUAG